AUGACCAUUGGUGUUGACCGUUAUUAUGCUGUUUGCCAUCCCCUGAAGUCUCGCAUGGGUCGUUCCCGAAGUAAGAUAUUAAUCGCUGUGAUUUGGAUGGUGUCUUUCAGCAUUGCAUCUGUGCAGUUACUUGUAUCAAGGGUUAAGUACAUGAACCUGGAAAGUGAACCUGAAAUGAUCUGUUUCGAAACUGGUUGGCCCAGCAAUACUUACCGGAAGGUCUACACACUCUUCCUGCUAAUUUUCACUUACAUGUUACCCUUACUCAUCCUCACCAUAACUUACUGGAAUGUGGGUAUGAGGCUAUGGGGUCGGAGACCACCUGGAAACAUGGACAAAAACAGAGAAGCUCAGCAAGACAAAUCAAAACGGAAGGUAAUCAAGAUGCUGUUUAUCAUAGUGGCUGUUUUUGCUCUUUGCUGGCUACCAUUUCAUAUCUUCAGUGUUACAUACGAGUUCAAUCCAGCUGUGCUGCCAAAUGAUCCCAUGGACAUCACUGCCCUUUACUUCUUCUCCCACUACCUGGCCAUGUCACAUAGUUUCUGGAACCCACUCAUUUAUGGAUUCUACAAUGAUAAUUUCAGGGCUGACCUGCAAAGAUUGUGCGUUCGUUUCAAUCCAUCCAGGUGCUGCCCUCACAUGUAUGGAGAUAACCUUUCAACCUACAGCGACUCCGACAUCUUUAGGAAAGAGAACACCAUAAGUGUACGUCUGAGCUCAAUGGAAAGUUGUAGAUCCCUGGUCUCCAAGAAACAACCCAUUGUUACCACUUCUCGAUCAGUCCAAAUUCAUGCUACUUCUGUGAUGUAACAUGCAAAUUGAAUGCAACCAGUUGUCCAGGUUCCCAAAUGAUGCUUUACAUGUAGAAUGUAAUUUGGUACCAG